AUGCUGCUCUGCGGUGCAAAGCUCCUGCAAGAGCACGCUCAGCUUUUGCAAAGUGAAGCAGAUGAAGCCCCUGUCUUGCUGAUGACAAGAGGGACCCGGGGCGACGUGCAACCGUUUGUGGCGCUUGCGCGAGGCCUGAUUCUCUACCACAACUGCGACGUGGUGCUGGUCACCGAACUGCUCUGGAAGAACUUUGUCAAGUCGGCAGCAGAGGACCUACCCACGCCCUACAAGGGGCGUCUUCGGUUUCGACCCUGCGGCGGGGACACGUCGCGCCGGGUCUCCGGCGACAUGGCGCGGUUCGUGCUCAGUCUGGGACAGCAGUCGCUGGCUUUGCAGGCCCUGGUGUUCUCCCGCUCCGAGGUGGAGUUCUUCAGCUCCGAGGGGUGCUUCUUUCACUGGGCCUGGGAGGAGAGACCCACAUUUAUCGUGUUCGGCUUCUUGAUGAUCCAUGUCGCCAUGAUCAUCUCGGAGGCGCUGCAGAUUCCCAUCGUGGGCUUCAUCUUGCAGCCCCUGCGCGAGAUUGAGCCCACGAUGGAGAGGACCGGUUGA